CACAGUUGCGCUUCAAUGGGACAGGCUCCCAAAACCGUUUAGUGUAGUCUGAAGAAGAGACUGAGCAAAGGAGUAAUUUCCGUCAGAAAUGAUUCUACUUGAGGUGUAGCACUGAGCACAGACAUGGCGGGGGACAGCAGCACGUUGUCCUGGAAACUGCCCAGCUCCCCGACGUGUCCUCAGGAAGGCAAUAAUGGUGCCCCUGACCUUGGGGUCACGGGCGACGAUCGACCUGCCAAGAUUCUGAAGGUGUGCUUCACCAGCAACAGCUCCAACCCGGGCAAGAACUUCAAGCUGGUCAAGUGUGACAGCACCUGGGAGAUAAGGGCCAUCAUCCAGUCCAUCCUAGACAGUGGGCGGCUGGGGCCGAGCAUACAGUACCCACAGUGCUUUGGGCUGCUGCUGAAGCACCUCAAGUCCAACGAGGUGCACUGGCUCCACCCGCUGAUGACCGUGGGGGAGGUGGAGCUCAAGUACGAGCAACAGCACGUGGAGGCCGAGUGGAGGUAUGACCUGAGGAUAAGGUACAUUCCCAACGACUUUAUUGACAAGUUUAAAGAGGAUAAAACAACGUUGCUGUAUUUCUACCAACAGGUGCGCUCUGACUACAUGCAGCAUUAUGCCUCCAAAGUGAGUGAUGGCAUGGCUCUUCAGCUCGGCUGUCUGGAGAUACGGAGAUUCUUCAAGGACUUGAACGGUCUGGACAAGAAGUCUAAUUAUGAGCAGCUAGAGAAAGACGUGGGCCUCCUCCUCUUCUUUCCCGAGGAGCUCGUUGACAGCAUGAAGCCUAAGCAGCUGAAGAAGAUGAUCCAGCAGACGUUCCAGCAGUACGCCACCCUGAAGGAGAUGGACUGUGUCAUGAAGUUCUUCCAGACGCUCGCCCUCUUCAACUGCUGUGACGAGGAGGUCUUCGCUUGCGAACUUGUGCAAGGCUGGAGUUUGGCUGUGGACCUGGUCAUCAGCUCAAGAGGCAUCUGCCAACGAGCAGACAAGAACUCGAAGCCCAUCUGCCUUGCUACUUUUGACAAGGUGAAGAGCGUGAAAUGCUCACAGAAGGAUGACGAGAAAGCACUUUUAUCUGUAGAUAUUCAAGGAGCCAAACAGCCCUUAUCUGUAAAUACGGCUACUCUUGCCGUAGCUGAGAACAUGGCUGACCUCAUAGAUGGGUACUGUCGAAUGGAGAAAGGCGACGACUCAUCAGUGAUUGUGAGACCCAAAGGUCGCGAGGGAAGAGCCUCCCUGCCUCCGAUCCCAGACAAAGACAACUCCAAGAAACGUGUCAGCACUGAUAGAGUAGGGUCGGACAUCUAUGCAGAGAUCCCAGAGGAGGGGGCAGUAAAAACUGUGAAGUAUGGCUUGACGAGGGAGGAUGUGGUCCUGGGUCGCAUCCUUGGUGAGGGCUUCUUUGGGGAGGUCCAUGAAGGCUGCUACAAGAGUCCGACUGGCGAACGCAUCAGUGUGGCUGUGAAGACAUGCAAAGACUGCACCGCAGACGUAAAGGAAAAGUUCAUGAGUGAAGCAGUGAUUAUGAAGAACCUGGACCAUCCCCAUAUUGUGAGUCUCAUCGGCAUCAUUGAGGACGACCCAGUGUGGAUAGUCAUGGAGCUGUAUCAGUAUGGAGAGUUGGGAAAUUACCUGGCGGAACAGUCGCAUGUCCUGACCAACGUCACAUUGACGCUCUACUGUCUCCAGAUCAGUAAAGCUCUGGCCUACUUAGAAGGGGUCAACAUGGUGCACAGAGACAUAGCCGUGAGGAACAUUCUGGUGGCCAAGCCAGACUGCGUGAAGCUGGGAGACUUCGGCCUGUCCAGGUACAUCGAUGAAGAGGAGUACUACAAAGCCUCUAUCAGCCGACUACCUAUUAAAUGGAUGGCACCGGAGUCGAUAAACUUCAGGCGGUUUACAUCAGCAAGCGAUGUCUGGAUGUUUGCUGUGUGUAUGUGGGAGAUCAUGAGCCGAGGGCAGCAGCCCUUCUUCUGGCUGGAGAACAAGGAUGUCAUCAACCAGCUGGAGAAGGGGGUGCGGCUGCCCAAGCCCGAGGAGUGCCCCCCCACCCUCUACUCCAUCAUGACCCGCUGCUGGACCUACGAGCCACACCAGAGGCCCAAGUUCACCGAGCUGGUCUACAAGCUAAUUGACGUCCAUAAGAUGGAGAAGGACCAGGAAGUUGAAGAUCAGAGGGACAGAGCUCGAUCCUGUAGAACCAUUAACGAACCCCCACCGAAGCCAUCGCGGUUAAGGACCUCUUUACGACGUGGCAAUACCACAGGGCUGCAAAUUCAGCUGCCUGGGGCCCUGUGCGCCAGCUCCCCUGCCAUCGCGAGCCCCCCAGACCCCCGCGUCUCCUACCUGCCCACCAGCAGCACGCUCACGCUGCCCCUGUCGCCACGCAGACGCAGCCUUGGGGAGCGUGAGGGUCCGUCCAGCAGAGAGGAUGCCCAGAUGCUGUGGGAGAUGCAGAAGCAGCACAUGCAGGACACACUGAAGAGGCAGAAACAACAGAUGAAGGAGGACAACGACUGGCUCAAACAGGAGGAGAAAAUGCUGGACCCCGGCACACUGGAUGAAACACAAACAAACAUGCCAUCUGAUGGAGAGACUGGAUAUGCCCAGUUCAAAGGUCCUCCAGAGAAGCCUCCUCGACUGACCGCCCAGCCUGCCCCCACUGCAGAGCUGGACCGGACGGAGGACGCAGUGUACCAGAACGUCAUGGAGAUGGUGAAAGUAGUGGUCCAGCUGAAGAACGACGUCAACGUGCUUCCUCCCUCUGAAUACUUGAGCUUAGUAAAGUCUGUUGGAAUGACUCUACGGAAGCUGAUCAACAGUGUGGAUGAGGCUCUUCCAAACCUGGACAAAUCCUGCAAAACAGAGAUUGAGGGUACUCAGAAGCUGCUGAAUAAAGACUUGGCGGAGUUGAUAAGUAAGAUGCGUCUGGCGCAGCAGAACGCCAUCACCUCGCUCAAGGAGGAGUGCAAGAAGCAGAUGCUGACGGCGGCCCACACGCUGGCCAUGGACUCCAAAAACCUCCUGGACGCCGUGGACCAGGCCCGGGUGAGGGUCAACCUAGCCAAACCGGCCCCCGAGCCAAGUUAGGCCUACCUGGACCAUCAUCGUCAGAGGCGCAUCUUCUCACCAGAGAAGGCAGGCAGCUGCUUGGGGCCCCCAAGCCCUUGGGUGGUGAAUAAGAGCUCACGCUUGGUGAGCUUGGUGGCAAAUUUCUUUCAAAUAUUCACUCUUUUGACAUUUUGCUUGGGGCCCCAGCUGAGCCUACAGUCGUCUCUGAUCAUCGUCAUCCAUCUGGGGCAUCCAUGCCCUAAUGGAUAAGAAGGUGUACCUUUUUAGAACAGAGAGUUUUGGGUUCGAAUCCCAUCCUUACCUAGCCAGGGAAAUCCCAUGCUGCCUUGCACAAUCGUUCCGAUUGUGAAAGGCACUUGUGAUUAGGUCUGGUGGUAACCAGGCAAAUCCUUACCAGUAGGAACAAUGUGUGCAUUCCCCAUACGCUUUCAUCCAGGGCUGAAGUGCCCUUGAGCAAGGCAUCUAACCACUGCUCCAGGGACUGUAACCAAACUCCUGUGAUAACUUUAAAGGUGCACUGUGUAGGAUGGUGGCCAGAGUAGGUAUUGCUACAAUACUGCUCAUUGAAACUGUGCUGCCUAUUGCCAAAUUUGAUCUAUUCAUUAGUAUUUACUAAGUGAUAAGCUAAUAUUUGGAGAAGACCCCGCUUUUUCAUGUACCGGUAUGAAAAGUGCUGUUUUCCCAGUCAUUAUGAAUACUUAGAAUUUGAUGGUGGUGGUAAGUAUUCCUGAAAAAGGUAACAUUUGUGAAUGGGCAGCAUGAAUUCUGGAAAUAAACUACUUAAAAUAGUACACAGUGCACCUUUAAGUUGCUUUGGAUGAAAGUGUUGGUUAAGUGUAAUGAAUGUAUUGCAGGACUUCACCUCAACCUUGUAGCACUCCCUCUUCAGUCUGGAAAUCUUCAGGUGUAGAUUAAAAAAAAGAAUCCAGGGUUCUUGAGUCUAGGUCCUUUCCGAUGUUAGGUUACUCCCAUGACAUUCAUGUUGUAGUGUUUUAAUCAAACCACAAGGGGAAAAUGUCAUUUGAACAGUUUAUGUAGAUUCACUUCCAAGUUAGUAUCUUAAAAACUGUGGUGAUGUUGUGGUGAAUCUGGAAAAAACACACAUUUCACAUACAGUACAUCUCAUUUCAUUUGUUAAAACAAUUUGUGUGAAUUUUGUUUAUGUAAGUUAUAUGUAAUAUAGAAUGUUUGUUUUCCAUGUAUAUGUCCAGAUACUGAAUUCAGUCAAAUACAUAUUUGCUGACUGAAAGUGCCAAGUCUUAGCAGCUGAAUGUGUAGUAUAGCCCUCAGUGCAACAUCUCAGAAAUGAAUUCUUGUGUAGUUUUUUAUAUAUAUACCGUGGAACUUAUUAUUUUUUCAAGAGACAACAGGGUGUUUAUUUUUUUGUGAAAAACAUGAAUGUUAUUGUGUGUCCAAAGUCUUUGGUGGAGGUUUGGACUCACCGUUUGUAUGAAAUAAACAUGAUUCUCUAGUGUGA